AUGCAGUGUGAGGUGACGUGUUUCACGAAUCCUACCUGGUACUCACACUCCCUUUGCACCAAAGAGUACAUGCUAACAGAAGAACAUCAACGAAAUAGUAUGAGGAAAAAAAUAUAUGCGCUAUUGGUUAUGCAAUGCAAAAAAAGGGAAGUCGGCCGAUGUUUUGAGGGUUGGAAAAUCACGCAGUUGCAGAAGUUCGAUAUCCGUAUUGGGAAUUUGAAAAUAUUCUUUUCUCAGUUUCAAUGA